AUGUCGUGGGCGUUCGUAACGGUUUCCACGAUUUUCACCACAUUGGCCAUUCUAUAUGGUCUUGUGAUUCUAUUCAGCCAUCAGCCACGUUCAGCACAUCCUGAAGAGCUGUUGUACGCCACGAAUGACAAAGAAGGCAGUGUGCACCAUUUGCCCAACAGAAUUACCUCAAUGAAGGAGGCAACAGGAGACGAGAAAGUUCUCUUGAGUGUGAUUGUACCAUGCUAUAACGAGACUGCUCGUCUCGGCAAAAUGCUCGAGGAGGCUGUGCUGUACUUGCAAGAAGAGCACCCUGACCAGUAUGAAAUCAUCAUUGUCGACGAUGGUUCCAAGGACGGUACCGCCGAAUACGCCUUGGAGGUUGCUAAUACGUUAAAGCUUGCUCCUCAUGUGUUGAAGGUUGUCAAAUUGACCAAGAACAGAGGUAAGGGAGGUGCCGUUAGGCACGGACUCUUGCAUGGUUCAGGAAAGUACAUGCUCUUUGCUGAUGCAGACGGUGCUACGAAGUUUAGCGAUGUUCAAAAGCUUCUUGCCCACUUUGAUGGCAAGGACGAAAAGCCAGCGGUUGCGAUCGGACUGCGUGCCCACAUGGUCAACACGGAUGCUGUUGUCAAGCGGUCAUUCAUCCGCAACUUCUUGAUGUAUGGCCUCCACACCUUGGUUUUCAUCUUCGGUAUUCGCAAGAUCCAGGACACGCAAUGCGGUUUCAAGAUGUUCAACAGGGCCGCUGUGCAAGAGAUCUUCCCACACAUGCACACGGAGCGUUGGAUCUUUGACGUCGAGGUGCUCCUUCUAGCGGAGCUCCAGCAGAUCCCCAUCGCCGAGAUUGCCGUCAACUGGCAGGAGGUGGACGGGUCCAAGGUGGACUUGGCCAAGGAUUCGAUUCAGAUGGCCAUCGACCUUGUGGUGACCAGAAUGGCCUACUUGCUUGGUGUGUACGAGCUCGACGAGUGCGGACACCAAUGGGCCGUGAAUCACUAA